UCUAGUAAAUUGAGAUUUAGAUUUCUUCGUCCUGUUCGAAUUUAGCAAUUUCAAUACAUCUUCAUUUCCAGCUACAGCAAAUUCUCAAGACAGAUUGUUUCUAUUAUGUUCUCUGAAUUUUGACUAUAUACCGACGAUUACGAAUCUACAUGUACGUGCAAACUUCUAACACUCCUCCAUUGCUCUCAAGAGUGAUGAACAUGGCGGCUUGGAUUUUCUGGGCGACAAGGAAUCAGAAUGUGGGCUUCAUCAGUUCUGCGAUACGGAGCUGUGCUUACUCCACAGAGCCAAGGAUCAUUAACAAUCCUACAACAGCCAGUUUGAAAAGGGGUACUGGUGGCCGCAGCUCUUUCAAUGGCAUAGUUUGCACAAUAUUUGGAUGCAGCGGUUUCGUUGGAAGGAAUUUGCCUAUUAGAUUGGGAAAGAUUGGAACACAGCUUAUUCUAGCACACAGAUGCGAUCCGUACCACAUAAGGGAAUUGAAAGUGGGUGGUGAUCUUGGGCAAGUUUACUAUGUUCCGUUCGACCUUAGGGAUGAGGAGUCGAUAGUCAGAGCCAUGAAAUACUCCAAUGUCGUUGUUAAUCUGAUUGGUACAGACUAUGAGACGUCAAACUUCAGAUUUAAUGACGUGAACAUAGAAGGAGCGAGGACACUGGCCAGGCUCGCCAAAGAAUGCAACGUGGAACGUUUUGUUCACAUGUCGUGCUUGAAUGCAGCAGCGAAACCAACACCAAUGAUAAUACCAAAAGGCUCGAAGUUUUUGAAAUCAAAAUGGUUCGGAGAACUUGCGGUAAAAGAAGAAUUCCCAGAAGCUACCAUAGUCCGGCCAUCAGUUAUUUAUGGAUGCAUGGAUCAUUUUAUCAGUCAUUAUAUGAGCAGACAGAGGGCAACCUUUGAAUACAUACCACUGUGGCAUAAAGGCGAGAAAAGUGAGAAGCAACCGGUAUAUAUUCACGAUGUGAUUUCGGGCCUUGUAGAGAUAAUAAGAAAUCCUGACACUGCCGGAAAGACUUAUCAAUUUGUUGGGCCAGAAAGAUACACGUUGGCUAAGUUAGUUACGUGGAUGUACGAGUUGAAACUGCAGAACACUGAAGACCCUUACAAGAUAAACGACAUGAAAUAUAAUCCGUACUUUUGGUUCAAAACUGCGAUGUAUGAAUUAAUGUAUUCAGUACAUCCUAUGGUAAAUAUAUCGUGGGAAGUAAUGGAAUUGCACCAUACCACUGAUACAAUAGACCCAAAUUUGCCAACUUUGGAAGAUUUAGGAGUAACGCCGACUAAUAUGAAAACGCGUCUAGCAUGGGAAAUCGAGACGUAUCGUGAUGUAUAUAUAGAUGAUUUAGAAAAAGCUACUCCCCCUAACGUGAAGUCCGUACCAGACUGAAAUGUUCUAAGUACAGAGUAAUUUAUAAUUUAGAAGAAAAUCAUCAAAUGUUUCGAUUUAAAUAAAUCUGAUAUAAAGUAAA